AAAUAUGUUAAAAAAAAGGGCAGUUGCAACAAAGAGGAAAAUUUUAGAGACAUCCACUUAGAAGUUAAACUACUUUUCUGAGAGUUUUUAAAUAACAGAAAGUGAGAGCUGUGAGUUGUUUAUAGUGAUAAAGUGUACUCUGAAGGUGUCUUGGACUCGUUCGUUGCUAUUGUAAAGUCCUAUGAUGUCAUCCACUCUAUGAACCCUGAUGGCAGGAAACCAGAUCACUUCCUUUAUUUUCAUCAGCUCUGUGUUGGUAUAUACUCACUCAGCUGAUAAUAUCUACUCUGCUGAGAUGCCUCAGACAGUAACAGCUCUGACAGGCUCUUGUGUGCAGAUUCCUUGCACAUUCAACAUCUCCAAUUUUGAGGACAAACGUAAGAGGGCAAAAUCUAUUUAUGGAAUCUGGCUAAAAAACAAAUUGCAGUUUGCAGACGAAGACAGUUUUAUAGCGUUUAAUAGCAGUAAAAACAUCAUUAGAGGAUUCAGUGACAUACAGAUGACUGGAAAUCUCAGUGAGAGGAACUGCACAACUGUCUUCUACAACAUCAUGAUGAAUCAUUCAGACAGAUAUUACUUCAGACUGGAAAUGGAGCCAAAAGUGUUCAAAGGAACAUUUAACCCCAGUACAGAUGUUUCAAGAAAGAAUGUGAAGAUCAAUGUCAGAGAUUCACCUCAACCUCCUGAACUUAAACCCAAUGAUCUGAAAGUGAUGGAGGAAACUACAGUCAAUCUGAUCUGCUCUGCUGAAGCCCCCUGCCCCAAACAACCUCCUACAAUAUCCUGGUCUAACAUCCCUGAAUCUGCUCACAUUACAACACAGUUACAGGAGAAACCUGAUAAAACACAGUCAGUAUUUUCAUACAUGACAUUCAAAGCUUCAUACAAAGAUCACAGAAGGAACAUCUCCUGUACUGCUACAUAUCAAAGAAAUACACCCGAUGCCUCAACUGUGGAGACUAUUGUAAUGCUACAAGUCUUGUUUCCUCCAAAAGAAACUCACGUCAUCAUUACUCCAUCUGUUGGCACUAAUGUGACUUUGACCUGCAAAAGCCGCGCCAGUCCAUCAAAUGACUUGAACUACACCUGGUAUAAACAUGGAGAGGAGACACCUAUAGCUUGGGGAAUGAAGAUUAAUUUAACCAAAACUCAGAAUCAAAUAGGAUCAUACUGUUGCAUUGCACAAAAUAAAUAUGGAAAACAGUCAUCAGAAGAGGCCCAGUGCACAGUUAAAGGACAGAGUGGACUCUCUCAUCUGGUGAUACAUAGCUGUACAGGAGGACUUUUUGCUUUUUUUCUGUUGUCUGCAGUAUUUUUCUACUGUGUGAGAACAAAGGCUUCAAGACAGGCCCAUGUCAUAGGAAGUGAUCAGACUGUAGGGUAUCAGAGCAAAUCAGACAAUUUAAGAUUCGAUCAAGAACAUGGUUGAAACAAGAGGAGCCGAAUUCCACAGCAAGGCCCAAGACAACAGGAUGUUCGUAAAUCAGAUCCUAGCGCCAGCCAGUCUGAAGCAAGCCUAACCAGCCAGCUCUUUCACAGAACAGCUUGCAACAUUAACACAAAAGAACAAUUCAGAAAGGAUAUUGUCAAUUUUGGGGCAAGUAAUCAAGAUUGAAGAUUGAUCACAUGUAAAUCCAUUAUAGUAAUCACGAUCACAAGCUCUUUGAAUUGACUUCCCCCCACCUAGAGGACAAGAACUAGACAGUGAUUCCUUAAUCCUUUGGAGACCUUUUAACCUCUCUGGCCUUCACAGAACAUGUCCUUAUAUCCCCAGAAUGGCACAGAAACUGUCUUUCCAUGUAUAUAUGCCCCUAAAUGACGCUAAAAGGACUUAUGAGCAACUAAUCAUUUCUAUGCAUAACUCCAUAUUAUGUAUGUAACCCACACAUUUGACUAUCAUGUUCUAAUCACUUAUUGUGUAUGUAUUUUGAAUAUCUACUGAAUAGUUUAUAGGAUUAUAUUCAUGUUGGGUAUGUAUGAGUUUGAAAAUUCAUGCUUUAAACGUUUCUAUUAAUCAA